AUGAAGACGAAAGCGGUGACCUCCAAGGUCCUGGCCUCCUAUUCCAAAGUCCGACGGGCCAUUAAAAAGACAGACGGAAACCUUGAAGCAUUGUUCAACGUAAUUAAAAAGUGUAAUGAAGACGAUAUACGAAAAUAUGCGCUUUUUUCCUCGAAUUCUGCCUUCAAUGAACUUACUCUACAAAUUCCCUCCACAGAAUGGGAUCAUGCAGCCGCAAAAGAUACUCUUCAGACACUUUUAAAGCUUCCAAACGUAGUAUACAACUACGAAGGAGCAAACAAGGAUAGCAAGACGGAUUUCGACCCUGUGCUGGAGAAGGCACUUACUAACAUCAACGCAGACAAACUGGAUAUUCCACUUGCUGAAAGUUUGCUUGAAGAAAUAAGAAACACAUCAAAUUAUGUCGUGACUAACUCGCUAGAUAUGACCUACAAGUCGCUGAAUCCGCAGAUACACUCGAUCUUGCAAAAAUGGAUAGAGGUAAAAUGGCUCUAUAUCAUAUUUUUCCCUUUAGAAAUCAACCAUGGAAACUAUUGGACGCGAUAA